AUGUCUGGUCAUCCAUUUGGACUGCUCGAACAGUCAGAAGAAGAUGCAUUGCACACCGCGCGCCUGCUCAAUGUUGAGGAGCGUCCCUUCGCACGCGUUUCCAAGCGACUACUAGGCAAAGACUCGCUUCUCAGAUCACCUGCCCAACUACCAACACCGCCGCCCGAUGAGUCCGAUGCAGAGCAGGAAGCAGAUCGCCAAAAGAAAGAGCAGGAGAGGAGGCAAUGGCGCGAAGAUGUCAUGCUCGACUUUGCUCUCCUCGAAAGCACAUUUAUCCGUAUCCAAUUUCUGAAAGACAGCAAUGAGAAAGAGCGCCAAAGAUACGCAGACGAAAAGAACAAGAUUCUGGAGACCGCUCAAGCGGUGCGCGACAAUACCGCAGAACUACGCGUGCAACUGGAAGAAGCUCAAAAGACAUUGACUCUGCGCAAGGAAUAUGAUGUCCUCGCCGAGAAGAUCACGAACAACCGCAUGCUGAAGCCGCGCGAGGAGCAGCGCGCAAAUCUGGAGAAGCUCAAUGCCGAGAUUGCAGACUUGGAACAUGAAGGUGAAGAAUACGAGCAAACUUGGGUUGAGCGAAGAGAGCAGUUCGACAACAUCAUGGCUGCUGGAAAGCAAAUGCUCAGGGUCAUCAGGGGUGAAAAGGACGAGCCAGAGAAAGAUGAGGCAAUGGAAGAUGGCGAGGAGCCUGAAGAUGGCGAGGCCACCAAGGAUAACAGUAGGAUGGGUACGCCCGGACCUGAUAUGGGUGGCGAGGACGACGAUGCGUCAAACUCAAAACGCAGUAGAGGCCCAUCACAAGGUACUGGAGCAAACACACCUGCUGUAGGAGGAGACUCACAAACACCUGAUGCUGGAGACACUGUGCCCGCGCCAGCCGAGAAGCCCAUGGACACUGACAUGAUGGAGGCUGGGGAGACACCACAACCUGCACCAGUCUCCGAACUCGAAGAGGGAGAAGCAGCAGAAGACUCGGUCGAAGAAGGCGAGCACAUGGACGUGACCUAG